CUUUGUCUCUCUUUUUGCCCAGAGCCUCCAUUGUUUCUCUCUCUAAAAGCUUUUGCGGAAGGCAGGGAGAAAAGCAGAGGAAGCUUGAACAGAAAUGGCUCUUUCAACUCUCUCUUCCAAGUCUUUAUACAGCAACGCCCAAUCUCUUUCUCACCACCAACCCCACCACCAACAACAACCGCCUCUCUCUUUCCUUCCCGGAAACAGAAACAACAGCUCCAGAUCUCUUCCCUCAAUCACCGCCGUUCAUGCUGCAGAGCCUGCUAAAAGUACGGUUAAGGAGUCGAAGGCGCCUGCGGCGGCGCCUGUUGCCGCCCCUGGUACCGGGAAAUGGACAUUGGACAGCUGGAAAACGAAGAAGGCUUUGCAGCUUCCCGAGUACCCGGAUGCGAAUGAACUGGAGUCGGUUUUGAAGACUAUCGAAGCAUUUCCUCCGAUAGUUUUUGCUGGGGAAGCUAGGAGUUUAGAAGAGAAGCUCGCUGAGGCUGCCUUGGGGAAUGCAUUUUUGUUGCAAGGUGGUGAUUGUGCAGAGAGUUUCAAGGAGUUUAGUGGUAAUAACAUAAGGGAUACUUUUAGAAUUCUGCUUCAGAUGGGCGUUGUCCUCAUGUUCGGCGGCCAAAUGCCCGUCAUUAAGGUGGGAAGAAUGGCAGGUCAGUUUGCAAAGCCUAGAUCAGAUCCAUUUGAGGAGAAGAAUGGAGUGAAGUUGCCAAGUUACAAGGGAGACAACAUUAACGGAGAUGCUUUUGACGAGAAGUCGAGAAUUCCAGACCCACAGAGGUUGAUAAGGGCUUACUGCCAAUCUGCAGCAACUCUCAACCUUCUUAGGGCUUUUGCUACUGGAGGUUAUGCUGCAAUGCAGAGAGUUACUCAGUGGAAUCUUGACUUUGCAGAGCACAGUGAGCAAGGAGAUAGGUACCAAGAACUGGCACAUCGGGUUGAUGAGGCCUUAGGAUUUAUGGCUGCUGCAGGACUCACAGUGGAACACCCUAUCAUGACGACAACUGAAUUCUGGACAUCCCAUGAAUGCUUGCAUUUGCCCUAUGAGCAAGCUCUGACAAGGCUGGAUUCAACUUCUGGCCAGUACUAUGAUUGCUCUGCCCACAUGCUCUGGUGUGGAGAGCGUACCCGUCAAUUGGAUGGUGCCCAUGUAGAGUUCCUUAGAGGAAUUUCUAACCCUCUUGGUAUCAAGGUGAGCAACAAGAUGGAUCCAAAUGAACUGGUUAAACUCAUUGAAAUUCUUAAUCCAAACAACAAGCCUGGAAGGAUAACAAUCAUCUGUAGAAUGGGUGCUGAGAACAUGAGAGUCAAGCUUCCUCACUUGAUUAGAGCAGUACGCCAGGCAGGACAGAUCGUGACAUGGGUCUGUGAUCCAAUGCACGGGAACACCAUUAAGGCACCAUGUGGACUAAAAACACGCCCCUUUGAUGCAAUUUUGGCUGAGGUUAGAGCAUUCUUUGAUGUCCAUGAGCAAGAAGGAAGCCACCCUGGAGGAAUUCACCUAGAGAUGACUGGCCAAAAUGUGACCGAGUGCAUUGGUGGGUCUAGAACAGUAACUUUUGAUGACUUGGGCUCACGCUAUCACACACAUUGUGACCCCAGGCUUAAUGCUUCUCAAUCUUUGGAGCUAGCAUUUAUCAUUGCAGAGAGACUUAGAAAAAGAAGGAUGGGAACCCAACGCCUGCUUUCCUUAAGCCUGUAAGGCGUAACCAGUGCCAAGGUCUAGUAUUAUUUCUUAGCACUCAGCUGUCUAAAUGUAUUUAGUGAAUAAAUGCCUUGCCUUGUACUUCAACGCUCGUGCUGUAGCCACUAGCUGCCACCACAGCAAUUCUUUCCGACGAUUGAAAGCUACUUUGCAGUCCUGCAACACACAGCCUGCCUAUGCAAAGCAUGAAUUAACUUUAGUAGUGAAGUUGAUACAAUGCUCUCAAGGGAAGCCGCAAAAGCAAUAUGCUGGAGAUGAGCUUUCUGGAAUCUUAUUAGUUGUAGUUAUUUGGAUUAAAGUUUCUGUACUAUUUAUGCACACUGAAGUUUGUUUGAGUUACUGUUGGGAUUUUUCUGGCCGAGAAAUAAAAAUAAGCAUAUUAUUGAA